AUGUCACUGCCAACAACAAAUGCAACCGGAUCUGACAGCAGACAGCAUGUACAAAAAUUCUGGAACGUCAACGUCCCGCCAAAUGAGCAUGCAGACGAAUGUCCGGAAUUCCUUCGAUAUGCCUUCAAAGAUCUCAAAGACCAAGAAACUUUGCGCACUCCAGACGCUGCCUACCGGCGGCAGACGUGGGAUGAAAUUCAACGCUUCAUUCGUGAGAAUCGGCUGGAAUUGUUUCAAAGGCUGCCGAGUGACUUGAGAUUGUAUCGAGAGUAUUGCUCGAAGUUGAUUCGCGAGUAUGGGAGCAUUAUGGAUUUCGUGCUGCAGGAGCGGCUUGAAUGGGAGGAGCUCAGUCCUUCGGGACCACCGUUCUCGAAUCCAGCCGACAUCAAGAUUUUGUACAACGACUGGCCAUAUGGGAUUGAUGAGCGAAUUGUGCAUCUUGUAGUAUGGACCAAGUUUGAGCUGCUUUCGGAUCCGGCUUCAGAGAUUGGCGACAUGGCUCCGGAAACGAGAAGGCUGAUACAGGAGUUUGUGGAUCGGACUUUUGGCAAGGACGACGUGGUGUGGUUUAGGAAUUGGAGCAGCUUGAAAAGCGUUCAUGCUGUUGAGCACUUUCAUGUUAUGCUCUUCAAUCCUGAUAUGGACUUUGUUCGGGAGAUGACGAACUACGACGUACCUCUGGCGCAGAAGCUCAGGCAUGCGGUGCAGGAUAGCUGA